UGUUGAUUAGUCACGAAGAACGAAUAAGCUAUCUAAAAAUAGCCUACAUUGAGGAAGCGAAACUGAUUGGUUGGCAAGAUGAUAUAAUAAACGCAUAAAAUCAACAGCAGCGAGAGAGAGAGAGAGAGAGAGAGAGAGAGAGAGAAAGAGAUAGAGAGCGAACAUAUUGAUAAGCCAGGAAGAGAUUCUACAAGUUUUUGAGAAGAACAUCAUUACAUUAUUAAGUCAAAUAAGCUCAGUGACAAAACAAUGCAGUCGUUUAUCACAGAGGCAGAGGCUAGUAAAAUUGAAAAUGAGUUGAAUAAAAUGAAGACAGAUGUUUCUGAAUUAAAGGAACUACAGCAACAUAUGUUUAGUACGCCAUUUCCUGAUAAAAACAGUGUGGCGAAGUACGAGUCUCUUGGAGAGCAAGUUCGCUGUGAUGCAACAAAAAUUGGUGGAUCUUUAAAAGAGCUGGAGAAAAAAUAUGAAGGGCGUGACCUUCCUGAAGAGAGUGCUUUUAAACGAGUAAGAACUCAACAACUUAACACUCUCAUUGCUGAACUUAACAUUUCAACAAAUGAAUUCUUUAAAAUUCAAGCUGACUAUAUGGAUAAAAUGAAAAAGCGAUUAAGAACUCAGAUGAAAGCCCGUGGGGAUUCAAUUGAUGAUUCAAAAAUAAAUUCUCUUCUCGAUCAUGAUUCAUAUUCUGUAUUUACUGACAAUUAUAUAUCUGAUGUACAUGAUGCAGAACAAACCCUUAGGGAUCUUGAUGAAAGGAAGAAAGACAUUCUAGCUCUAGAAAAAAGUGUUGCAGAUGUGAACCUCUUAUUUAAAGACAUGAACUUACUAGUUUCAACACAAGGUGAGACUGUAGAUACCAUUGAAAGUGCUAUAGAUAAUACAGCCGUGCAUGUGGAAAGUGCAAAACUAGAACUUGUCAAAGGUCAUGUAUAUGGCUGUAAGGGAUGUUCUGCUUGUAGGGCGCGUAGGGUGCGUAGAAUAAUAAUUUGUGUUACGUUUUAUGGCAUUAUAGUGAUUAUUCUGGCUGUUAUUAUUACAGUAUCUGUUGUAGUAUCGAGUUAGGAUAACACAUUGUGUGCUUUUUACUGCUAAUUUUGUUUAAUUUUUUCUUAUUCAUGUAUUAAGUCACCAAGUCUGUUUAAAUGAUUUAAAACAUUUGAAAUAUCUAAAAGAUGAUUUUUGGUUUACAGGCUACAAAAAAAUUAAGCGAGACUAUAUAUUUAGUUUCUUCUUCAAAACUUUCAGUUUAACAUUUAUAAGAUUUUAACUGUGUAUUAUUGGGUAAACGUAAAGAAUAUUAUUAUGGGUAAAUGCCAUUGUCUUGGCAUACAUCCAUCCAUCCAUUCCUGUGGCGCUACAGCCCAUGUAGGGCUUUGGCCUGCCUCAACACUUCCUUCCACUCAGACCUAACUAAUGCCUUUCUUUUCCAUGCUUGGACUUUCAGCUGCUGUAGAUCUUUUUCCACAUCAUCUAUCCACCUAAGCCUCGGUCUGCCUUUGAGCCUGUUCCCUCUGGGGUAUUGGUGAUGCACCCUCCUCGUUCCUCUGUCAUUUGGCAUUCUCUCUAGGUGUCCUGCCCAGCGUCACCUGCCUCUUUUUAUUUCUGCUACUAUCGUGGGAUCCUGAUAUAGACUGUAUAAUUCAUGGUUGAUUCGUAUUCUCCAUCCAUACUCAUCCUUUGUUGGCCCAUAUAUUUUGGGCCAUGGGAUACCAGUAACUUAAUAAAUGUUACAUUAUAUUUAAAUAAAAAAAUUGGCAGCUAGCUUCAUGUCAGAUGUGUUUUAAAUUAAUAUUUAUGGAUAUUGAAUUUCGUUGUUGUUACUAUGAUGCAUUUAAUUAUUUGAUUUUAGUUAAUAAGUGGUAAAAAAAUGUGAUUCCUAGCCAUAAACAAAUUAGUUAGUUUCAUAUUAUCAAUCUUAAGAUAAUAUGAAAAUGUAUCUGAAACACAUAAUUUAUGUAUGCCUACUUUUACCUUAUAAUUUAAAGAAACUUAAAAAAAAAAAACUUUUGAUAUUUAGCACAGUGUGAAACUAUUAAACUCCAUUGAUCUAAAUGUUUGAAGUACCAGCAGUACCCAAGACGUCAGAUGGGGGGCGGAGUAAUUUCAAUUAUUUUUUUUUUCAAUAUUAGUUCCUUGCACUUGUUUUUGUUUUCAACAGAAAAACUUUUUUUUUGUUGCUGAAAAUAAAUGAAUGUGAUUGAUUAAGAAUACAAUGUCAAAAAUAUAAGUAGUAUAAGGGGACAUCUCUGAAUUAUCCACAUCUUAUAUUACAAAAAUUUGUUUUUUAGGUUUAUUACUUUUAAAUUUAAAACAAAGUAAAUGACUAACUUUUCAACACAAGAAUAUUUGCUUAAAUAAUUAC